GCCCGCAUCCUCAAGAACACCCGCCCGCCGCCAAAAAUGUCUUUCGUGGAGUACCAGGUCGUGGGUCGCCACCUGCCCACCGAGCAGGACCCGAACCCCAAAAUCUACCGCAUGCGCAUCUUCGCGCCCAACGAGGUGGUCGCCAAGUCGCGGUUCUGGUACUUCCUUCGCCAGCUCAAGAAGGUCAAGAAGGCCUCCGGCGAGAUCAUCGGCGUCAACGUCAUCCACGAGAAGAAGCCGCUGAAGGUGAAGAACUUCGGUAUCUGGCUCCGCUACGACUCGCGCUCCGGCACGCACAACAUGUACAAGGAGUUCCGCGAGCUCUCGCGCACGGCCGCGGUCAAGAGCCUCUACCAGGACAUGGCGGCGCGCCACCGUGCCCGCUUCCGGUCGAUCCACAUCCUCCGCGUCGUUGAGGUCGAGAAGUCUGAGGACGUCCGCCGCCCGUACAUCAAGCAGCUCAUGGUUCCGGACCUCAAGUUCCCCCUCCCCCACCGCGUCAACAAGUACAAGUCGACGUUCAUCGCCCACCGCCCGGCCACGUUUGCGUAAGCGCGCGUCUGAGGUAUGUGCGGUCAGUGCGAGGUCUGUACUGGCCGGUGCUGGCUUUAUGGUGGCGUCUUUCCUGGCGGUAGUGUACGAUUACAUGUCCAUGUACGUCCCUAGUUGACGGGGCUCCUAUGCUAUAUGUAUGCGCAUGCUUGCUAUGUCACUCUCAUCUGUGUGGAAGUCCGAGUUGAGUUGUGUCAGGAUCAUGCUUGUUGAGCUAUCGAUUGCUGAAGAUUAUCCACUUCGCUGCCUCAACCGCGUCCUUCGCUUGAGAUGCGAGAUUGGCGAACGCCUUGGGCGGACCAGGUCGCACGUCC